UUACUAUCUCAGACAAGUAACUGGUUCCAUUGAGAAUGGGGGAAACCUAACCUUGAUGAACUAGCAUGCAUGAAGGCCAAAGGGCAAAAGGCAGUCUCACCUGAUGAUAACGAUAACGUUUCUCACUCUACACCUUUAACUCCAGCGAAGGCCGCAAGCAAGGUACACAACAUGUCUCUGCAGCACAAUGACUCUCCUGUCGUGGCCGCCACAACGGGUUCCUCCCCUCCCUCUGCAGCGGCAGUCCGAACCUUCAAGCGUGCCGCCGUAGCAUGCAAGGCUUGCAACCUGCGCAAGGUGAGAUGCACAGUCACCUUAUCUGGCCCUCCCUGCGCCAACUGCUCUGUGGACGGGAUUACAUGCGAGGUCCUUAGUCGUAAACGACGUCGCAACUCGGAUCAACUCCCAAUGAACCCGACCCCCGGAGGAGGCGGGGAGAACACAUUGAUCAUCAUCCCACAAAGAGCGCAACCCAGAAGACGGCUCGUGGAACCCCAGACCCCGGGGCCAUCGUCGGGUACCCUAGAGAACGAGGAGGCCGUCGAGUCGAGGGACGACCGGUUCACAUCCGCGCCGCCCGAAGAUCACCGGCGCACCACACCCCAAGUCAACGGUGGCCCGAGGUCGUCCACGUCCCCACGCGCAGCCGAGACACGAUCGGUUGGUGGUGGGCCAUCCGCGCCAACCACUCGGCCUUACGAUGCCGUGCGUGCUCUGCUUCCUGCCAAAGGUCACCGGCCACCGGACCUAUCCGAUGCCACUGAGGACAGCUCCGCGUAUGCAGAGACGUUGGAAGGUGGUAAGAAUCGCGAGGAUGGGUGCGUCCCGUUCUACCCAGGAGAUCAACGCGGCCCUGCCUUUUUGAUCGACAUCUGUGAACCUAAUAGGUCAUCCAAAGACAACCAUUUCCUAGUGCCGAUGCCAUCCAUCAAGGCCCUUUCGCCCGAAGAUGUCAAUUAUCUUAGGAUGAAAGGCGCAUUCACGCUUCAUCCGCCUCAUAUUCGCGAGGCGAUGAUCCGAUGCUACUUUCACUAUGUGCACCCAUUUGCGCCAAUCCUGGAUGCCAGCGAGUUCAUCACCGAGUAUGAAAAGGGAAGAAAAAGCCUGUUGCUGCUCUGGAGCAUGUUCAUCGCGGCCGCGAGUUUUGUCGACGAAAGUCUCCUAACGGAAGAUUUCUUCCCCUCGAGAAAGGCGCUGAAACGAGCCAUGUACCAGAGAGCUAAAGCUAUGUACGAUGCAGACUAUGAAAAAGACAAGGUGACACUCAUCCAGUCCGUCUUCCUCAUGGGCCACUGGUACACCAGCACAGACGACAGAGCCGGGCCCUGGCACUGGAACGGCAUCGCCAUCAGUCUCUCUCACACGAUCGGUCUUCACCGCCUGCACAUGCCCGCGAACCAACAGGCGUCUCAGGGUACGAAGCCGUUCUGGAGACGUCUCUGGUGGUCUCUCUACUCGCGAGAGGUGUGGCUUUCUCUGGGACUCGGCAGGCCGAUGCGGAUAGCCCUUGAUGACUUCGAUACGUCCAUGCCGGUUGCGAGCGACGCUGACGUCCUGGCGCCCGAGGUCAAGGGCCAACUUGGCCAGAAGUAUCUUCCUGAAGAGAUGAAGUUUCUGUUCGAUACCUGGCUGGCUUUUAUUGGCUUGAGUGUCACCCUGAGUAAUGUUCUCGCGACGAAUUAUAGAGCCAAGGGGGUGAAGCCGUCAAGGAUGGAGAUUGAGCAAAGCGAAAAUCAGAUUCGAGGAUUUCAGUAUCGAGUGCCUGAAGCCGGAAGUCACAGUCGAGUCGUCGCAUCUCAUAUCUACCAGUUCAAGCUAUACUUUGAAACAUCCAUCAUCGUCCUCUAUCGGCCUUUCAUACUCGAUACCCCAAGAGAGAUCCCGGCAGCAGACCAAGGAAGUUGGAGGACGUUUGCAUGCCAAAAGACGAGGACUGCUGCGUCCAACGCAAGCGCAGCGAUGAACUCCAUGAUGGCAGAAGACCUGAUCCGACUCUGCCAUACCAUCACAGUCAUUGCCCUCGUCCCGCCAAUGCAAAUUCACCUCUUCGAAUCAACUUCGUCAAAGCAAAUGGCGCGCCAGAUGGGCAGACACAACCUCGCCCUCUGCAUGGUCGCCAUGGACGAGAUGCGCAAGUCCUACAUCUCGGCGGAUGCAUCAUAUAAGCUCUUCGAGACGGCAAUCAACAAGGUAGAUAACGCGCCGCCCCACGAGCAGCAUCAGCCGUCUCCGGCUGCUGCUGCCUUGACGCCGGAUACGACCGCGUUCGCGAGCUGGCCCGAUGGAUAUGGGCUGGGCACCGCGGGCAUCAUAUCAGAUAUGUGGAGUCCGCUGCCGAAUGCAUACGCUGACAAUGCCUCUAUAUCGGGAACCCAUACCGAUUCUUGGCUGGAUAUCCAGACUAUGGACAGGCUAUGGACGCUCGACGAUUUCAGUCUGCCAUGAUUCAGUCCUUCACCUCAUUGCAAGAGAGACUCUAACAAUGCCAACCGUGAACAUGAGCCGAAGUUGGAUCAUACCCACGAUGAAUGACACGUACGAAUAAAACAUCAACUCAGCCUCUCGGGCCAAGAAGAUCUUCGAGCCGUCCGAAACUUAGUUUCAAGCAGCUUCGUAUGCCCUUGUUUAGCCCUCUCAUCCCGCCGGCCAACGUCACCCAAGGCACUCGAAACGCACGACCGGCUUUCGGCCAGAUUCAACGGACUUUUCUUAUCGAAGGACCGAUAAGCUCCCGGGCUGUGGGACUAGAAAUGUUGAGGUGUCCGUAGGAAAUCCGAGUCCCCGGGCAACGCGUCCGCUCCCCGAGCGGCGAGUCGCGAUGAAAUGUGCCCCACAUCUUGCCGAGCCGAGGUACCUCGGCAUUUGGGCCGCUUUGGUAGAAGCACAUGCAAGAGUCAUGACGGCUCUCAACAAUCUCGAGUACGGACAUGAGAGAUAACGAAUCUUGUGUGUUGGUAUGGGCUCGACGUUCGGAAACCUGCCGAAAUGAGCAACUAGAGAAUGAAGCGAUAGUACAAUGAUUACGGAGUAAAUCGGCCUCUAAUUAAAUAUCGAACUUGACUAUGAGGGCAGGAUUUAAUGGUUAAGCGCGCAUUUGGUGGUGGGUCGUUACUUGUCAUAGCUCCCAUCAGCUAUUAGAAGGUAUCUGGGCCAAAACACCUCUGCAAACACCAUGUACUCGAGACUCUUCCACG